CCCGUGCUAGCGUUCCCGAACACUCGAGCGUGACCGCGCAGCGCGCACUCGUUUAGCUCGCGUGAGGAGCUCACGACCACGCAGGAGCACAUCAUCAGGAAAACACGUUAAUGUGGCUGGAGCGUAUGGAUGAAGGAUGCACGCGCUCUCUGGAUAAGCUCACACUGUGAGGAUUACCGUUAACGCGCACACACACGAAGGGCACUUGUGCUGGCACUGGGAAUACUGGGAAUGGGGCAAUUCGUAUUACAUCACAGCAGGAGAGAGCAUCUGACCAGACUAUUGGACAGUGAAUGAGGAUUUGUCCAGAGGGAAGCAGAAGAGCGUGUUUGUGUGUUUUCUUCAAUGAAUGGCGUGUUUGAGGGCCUGAAGGCACGUGCUGGAGGAGUUUCUCACUGUACGUUGGGGUCUAGCGGCAGCGGGCAUUUGAACGGACCAUGUGGUUAGCCGCGCACAGAAACCGGCUCCUCGCGCACCAGCGGGACUUCUGCUGUGGCAGCGUUUCUCUGUGGAUAUGGCUCUUUUGCUGUUGCGUGACGCUCGUCCGAGGACAGGGCUACUACCCCACCGUGAACACGCAGUACGGGAAGUUACGGGGUGCGCGGGUUCCGCUGCCCAGCGAGAUCCUGGGACCGGUGGACCAAUAUCUGGGUGUGCCGUACGCUGCCCCUCCGGUGGGGGAGAAACGCUUCCUACCCCCCGAGCCGCCCUCCUCUUGGUCGGGGAUCAAGAACGCCACUCACUUCGCCCCCGUGUGUCCCCAAAACAUCCACAACGCCGUGCCGGAAAUCAUGAUGCCCAUCUGGUUCACCUUUAACUUGGAUAUAGUCGCCACAUACAUACAAGAUCAAAACGAGGAUUGUUUGUACCUAAACAUCUACGUUCCAACGGAGGAUGUCAAAAGAAUAUCCAAGGAAUGUGCCAGAAAACCCAACAAGAAAAUGUGUAGAAAAGGAGGAACUCAGGCCAAAAAACAGGGCGAGGAUUUAUCCGAGAAUGACGGUGAUGAAGAUGAAGACAUACGAGAUACCGGAGCCAAACCUGUGAUGGUCUACAUUCACGGCGGGUCCUACAUGGAAGGCACGGGGAACAUGAUCGACGGAAGCGUGCUGGCCAGUUACGGGAACGUCAUCGUCAUUACUCUCAACUUUCGAGUUGGCGUCUUAGGGUUCCUGAGCACAGGAGACCAGGCGGCUAAAGGGAAUUAUGGGCUUCUGGAUCAGAUUCAGGCUCUGCGCUGGAUCAGCGAGAACAUUGGCUAUUUCGGUGGUGAUUCCAAUCGCAUCACUGUUUUUGGAUCAGGAAUCGGUGCCUCUUGUGUGAGCUUGCUGACAUUAUCACACCAUUCUGAAGAGUGCAGAAGUGGGCACAGAAGACCCUGAAGAAGUGUUUGACAUGAUGUGUAUGCUGC